AAAACAAAUCGCUGUUCUGAUUGGACUCUGACCACUCAUGUGGGCGUGGCUAAUUCCUCUGAUUGGUUAUAGUUCGUGUCAGUCAUAGCGUGCCCCGCCUUCUUCAUUCCUCCGUGUGUGUAAUGUGUAUUAAUGUGUGUUUGUGAGCCCACACGGACCCGUGUGAUCAGCUGUGACCGUGGGAAACGGACCCAGACGUGCAAAAAUCCGCAUUUAGGCUGGAAACCGUCAAGAAAAGCCACAUUAAAUCACAUCAUGGAGUUUAAGGAUUCCUGUCGUCACGCAUCGCUCAAAGGUUCACCGGAAGCCGUGAGCUAGUAUAAAGUAAACAGCUUCUCUUUAGCGCUGUUUACUUUGCGUGUUUUUUAUAAGUUUGCCAUAUUAUCCUGGAACUCGUACUGUAACGCAUCAGCGCGCGUCCGUGUGCCUGCGGGGGAGCGGGGACGCGCACGAACUGAAGCCCCUCCACAGAACUCAAUCUAGGAGAGCUCGGACCGUCAGCCGAUAACACACGGGGAUGGACAGUCCGGGCUGUGCUCUUAUUUACACUGGAGUUGUGGCAAAUUAAUUCUUGAAAAAUAAAUUUAAAUUAAUUAUGUAUAAUUAUCAAAGCUGGAGAAUAAUGUGUAAGCACUUUUGGUGAUAAAUUAAUAACAAUAAUAAUAAUAAUAAUUAUUAUUAUUAUUAUACUUAGUAUCUUACCCUACGAGUGGGUCCUGUUAGUAUUGGUGUAAAUAAGUAUUUCUCCGAGUUUGUGAUGAGGCGAACCGGAGGUCGGACUGCAGCACGCGGGGGAGGACUCUCCGGUGGAAUUAUUGCGCAGUUUUUAAAAUAACGGGAAAACGGAUCACGGACUGAGACGCACUCAUGGCACAGAGUAUGUCUGCGAAAGAUAACGCCUGCCGCAAAUUCCAGGCAAAUAUUUUCAACAAGAGUAAAUGCCAGAACUGCUUUAAAGCGCGAGACGCACACCUGCUCACAGAUGAAGACGUCACACAGGCGAAACCCAUCUAUGGUGGAUGGCUGCUCCUGGCACCUGAAGGAACAAACUUUGACAAUCCUCUACACAGAUCACGGAAAUGGCAAAGACGCUUUUUCCUCCUGUACGAGCAUGGACUGCUGCGUUAUGCACUGGAUGACAUGGCGACCACUCUCCCACAGGGCACCAUAAACCUGAAUCAGUGUGUGGACGUUGUGGAUGGUGAAAGCCGGACGGGACAGAAGCAUUCGCUGUGUAUCUGCACACCUGAUCAAGACCAUUACAUACGAGCUGAGAGCAAAGAGGUCAUACAUGGGUGGCAGGAGGCGUUGAUGGUGUUUCCUCGAACCAACAAACAAAACCAGAAGAAGAAACGGAAAGUGGAGACGCCCACCCCACAGGAUACUGCACUGCUAACGGGUCGAUGCUCCCAGCAGAACAUGAAUGGGUGUAUUGAACCGGGUCCUGCGAAGGUGACCGUCACUAGUACGAGUAGUAGCAGCAGCAGUAUGGUGUGUCUGCCCAGCACUAUAGCUCACGCUGAAAGAAUGCCACCCACCCGAGCUUCCCUGUGGCAGGAGGAAUCAUGGAGUCGAGCUGCUGUACCAACAACCUGUCCUUCCUCCGACAUGAGCCAACAUUCAGAGGAAUCAAGAAGCUUAAGUGUUGGUCGUAAGCCUCGGGUGGAGAGUGGAUAUUUUUCAUUGGAAAAAAACAAACCCGAACAAGACGAAGGACAACAGCAUCAACGUCAGCGCGAGCCGGAGGCCGAACAACCGCAGCAGCUUCCCACUCUUUUCUCUACUUCCUUUUCCUCCUCUCGCUCCAGGUAUCUCUCCUUCGACCCUGAACAUUUCAGCUCCCCAGUCAACACCACACAAAUGCCACACAAAAACAUGACACACACUGUUGCUAACACACAGACUUCUGAUGACGCCAGCGCUAACAAACACAACACGCACUCUGACAACACACAAAGACCUGUUAGAUCAGAUAAGCAUCUUUCACCUGAAACACACACUCAUGACUCUGUGGACGGCACAUCAUUGGGUUUCCAGACCUCGGCUAAACUCCGCUCCCCGACACGCCCCCUUCACAGCCCAGACACACUCUCGAACGCACACAUACGCCACUCAAGCAUUCUCCCAUCAUCCCUGUCAUCUUCUCAGAGCUCUUUGGACUCUGAUUUGAGUCCCCAAAACUGCAGCUCUGUGCCCAGUGUGGGUGGAGCCUCGGGCAGGGUGGGGCGAGUUGGGCAGAGUUAUGCCGCCUUGGCAGAUGUGCCACGGGCACGAAGACUCAGUCAUCGGGAAGCAUUCCGAUCCAAUCAGAGGCGACCAGAGCUGCGGGCACGAACAAGGAGCCCGGGCAGGGAGGAAGUAGAACGACUGUUCGGACAGGAACGAAGGCGCUCGCAGGUUAUCGAGAGAUUUGAGUGUCACGACACUGUCGACACUCCUGAGCAAAUGGACACAACAAGCUCUUUAACAGAGUCCGCCCUUUCCUACUCUAGAAUGGCCAAUCAGAGAGCAGGACGCAAUGAGAGACGCCUCUCCAACCAGAAACAGGAGUUUUCAUUGGAUUCAAGUAAAGGCCGAACAGAUGUUGUUUCAUCACUAACUGGUUAUAGAAGAGCCAAAAGUCUGGACCGCAGAGCCACGGAGACACUCAUGACUCCUGACCUGCUGAACUUUAAGAAAGGAUGGAUGACCAAACUAUAUGAGGAUGGACUGUGGAAGAAACACUGGUUUGUUCUGACGGAUCAGAGUUUGAGGUACUAUCGGGACUCCAUCGCUGAAGAGGCUUCUGAUUUGGAUGGAGAAAUUGAUCUGUCCACGUGUUACGAUGUGACUGAAUUCCCAGUUCAAAGGAACUAUGGCUUCCAAAUUCUGAGUAAAGACGGGGCAUUCACGCUGUCUGCGAUGACCUCUGGGAUUCGUCGUAACUGGAUUCAGGCCAUUCUGAAGAACAUGCGGCCCACUAUUGCCCCGGAUGUCACACGGAAAAACCUUUCACUGAAGCUUUCGGUUCUAAUGCCCAGUACCCUUCCAGAGGAGCGAAGUAGAUCAAAUGUGGAACAAAACUUCAUCCAGCCCUCUCCAAACUCUUCACAACUCUCUAACAGCUCUGGAGUUGAAGCCCAAAGGUCACAUGAUGACAUCACAGACUUAGCUCCUCCCCCUGAGCAACACAAGAGCCGCAUCUCCAAGCGAGAGGGUCGGUCGAAAACCUUCGACUGGGCCGAGUUUCGCCCAGGACAGGAAAAUGAGAAUGCUCGACCCUCAAGGAAGAGGGCAGAUACUUCAGUCAUUACCUCCACAUCAUCUCCCUCCUCAUCUGCUUCCUCUCCUAUCUCUAGUUCCAACUCUUCUCUGACAUCCACAUCUACUACUAUCACCAGCCAUACUGACAAAUUGUCACAACGAGAUGAAGAAGAAUUGGUGCAGGAUUAUAUGUGCCAAGAGCACAAUCAUCAGACCACACUUACCUCAUCUGUGUCCGAGCCACCUUCAAAGCUCCCCCAUAAAAUGCCACAAGAACAGGCGAGAAUAGAUGUAGACCAAACCAGAGACACGCAGGAGGUCAAUGGUCGUCGAGUGGCCCACAGAAACUCUGACGUCCAAGUAGAGAUCGAGCAGAGGUGGUAUCAGGUGGAGACCACGCCCCUCAGAGAAGAAAAGCAGGUGCCAAUCACUGGCAGCUCCGCCCCUAACACCUCAAAUGCACCUGUUGAAGAGAGGCUCCUCCCACAAGAGCCAACCAUCAUACUGGAAAAGGAGUUGGGUCAGGCACAAAAGGAGCUGGCCAGACUCCAACAACAGAACAGCGUCUUGCAGGAACAACUACAGGAUGCUCGUGGGAGAGAGCAAAAUGCCCGAGAAGGAUACAUACUACAGAGUGACACAACCACUGCAAAGCCUUCAUCUGAUGCAGCUUCAGCCUUGGUUCACCGAGCACCAUUGAAGCGCCUCAACAAGCUGAACCAGGAUCUGAAGGCUGAGCUAGAGUCCCAGCGAUGGAGGCAUGAUAAGGCCCAUCAACAAGUGAACAGCUUAAGACGUAGCUACAGUGAAGCGCAAGAUAUAAUCGGCCACCAUGAGGCUGAAAUCGAAGCCUUGGAGGAAAAACUAAGAGUUGCUAUGGAGGAGAUUGUAGCGAGUGAGCAGGCAGUGGCACGAAUGCGUAGCGAACUGAAAAUGGAGCGAGUUCGCUGUCACGAACGCGAGGAGGAACGGACUCGAAAUGAGGGAACUUUGCGAACACAGUUACGAGAGAGUGAGGAACGUCUUCGGCAAGUAGAAGCCAGUCUUCUAGAGAAGAGCCAGGAGCUGAGAAAGCUAGAGCAGCAGCAAGCUUUGCAGAGAGACCAGCACAGUGAGGUGCAGAGACUACAAGAAAGACUAACUGAGGCCACUGGAUGUCUUAUUGCAAUGGAAGAGGCUCAGACUCUGAGAGAAGAACGAGAGAGGAAAGAGCAGCGAUGCCUGGAGGAAAAACAUGAGCGAGAACGGCAGGGAUUAACCAGGAGGUUGGCAGAAUCUGAAGAGAAGAGGCGAGAAAUAGAGGAGCAGCUGCAAGAGACACAAGAACAGGUGGAGGCACUGCUGAGAGGGAGUGGUGGGUUGGAAAGUGUGGGACUUAGAGAGGAGAUGCCUCGUCUUCAGCAGGAGUUGGAGGCACAGAUUGAUAUGGUAGAAAUGUUGCGCGAGAACGUGAGGAGGCUGGAGGAGGAACGUGACCAACUUACAUGCCGCUGUCAGGAACUCCUCAAUCAAAUAGCAGAGGCUGACCGGGAAGUGGGGAAACAACAGGCACGUUUAACAACAGUGGAAACAGACUAUUAUUCUCUUGAGAGUUCAUAUGAGCGUGUCUCUGAAGAAUUUUCUAGGAUAAGUCAGGUGCUACAAGAGAAGGAAGAGGAGGUGAAGCAGACGAAGGAGAUGUAUGAGCAGCUAAUCAGACAGAAAGAGCAGGAUUUGAGUGAGGCCCUCAUUAAAAUGGCCGCCUUAGGUAGCAGUCUGGAAGAAACUGAACUUUGCUUGCAGCAAAAAGAGAAACUUCUUUCUAAAAUGGAGCAUGACUAUCCAGGGCUGGUAAAGUCCCGCAGAGCAGAACAGGAGCUGCAGGCAAAACUAGUGGUUGCAGAGGACAGGAUCGCUGAGUUGGAAGAACACCUUGACGCCUUGCGACUCGGAUUUGUGGAUCUCAAGAUACGCCGUUGCCGCUCACAGGAAGAUAUGCUAGACGGUUUGAAGGAGAUGCAACAGGAUGCCUUGUCAUCCUCAAGUCCUUCCCAACUUACGCUCGCGAGAAGCAGCUCAGAGACAGAAAUGUCCUUUGUAAAGAGGCAGAGGAUUUGUUUUUCCUCCAUUCAGUGCCAAUCAUAUCAGCAGUCAGACAAGUUUCAAACAGAAAGUACGUCUUUGGAUCUGAUGCAAGAUCUGACCCUGGACCAUAUGCAUGACAUGAGCAUGUCCCAAGAUAGUAGUGUAGGCAGUGUAAGUUCAUUUCAACAGUGCAGAGAUCCAGAGAAGUUCAUCUCCAUCAUACAUGCUCUGGAAUCCAAGCUGUUGGCCACAGAGGAGAAGCUCAGGCACCUCACGGAGAAGAUAUGGGAACAGCCUGAUCGUUCAGAGUUGCAAGAACAAAUGAGCACCAGAUCUACCAUGGAAGACUGUACGACUAAACCCUGUGAGGAAUUACCUAUGGAUGAAACCAGUCAGGAAUCCCUCAACACAACUUUUGUUGAGCAAGAAAAUCGAGUCUUAAGUGAUGACUAUAAGAAAGCCUUGGCAUUGGUGGAGUCUUGCACAGAAAGAGUUCGAGAAAUUCUCAGCAGUCAGAAUGACAUCAGCAAUUCUGAAUCUCUCAUUUGUGUUCUUACAGAAGUAAAACAAUGUCUCAUUUGUGCCACCAUGCACAUGAGGCAGGGCGGCAUGUUCUAUGAGGUGUGUCAGACCUCUGUGGUCCCAGAUAUGGAUUCGGAGUCACUGAAGGAAAGUAUAAAGCACUUCGCUAGAACAUUAACAUUUGAGGCUGAAGUUCUGGAGAGGAUGGGCUUCUCUCUGCAGGAAGUGAACUCUGAUAUUAUGUCAGCCCUCAACUCCAUUCACAAGGAUGCAGAAAACAUCAAGAAGAGCUCUAAUAGCUGUCUCUCAGUCGUGUAUGUGGAUAUACUUACCAGAAAACUUAUGUUGGAGACCAUGUUCGUGGCAGAGGUGAACAAGACCGCUGCUAAUUCAGGUAACCUAGCAAAUAUCCCCUUUUCGCAGGAUGUCAUCAAAAAUGCCUGCAUUAGUGCAGAGCUUGCAUAUUCCCUUCAGAAUCUAACAAUGAAUUUCCAGGACAAAUUUGAUGAGCUUCAAAGGGACUUGGUCAAGGUAAAUGAGACCUUGAAGCAAAGGGACAUGGCUCUGAAAGAAGCUGUUAGCACAUCAAAGCGUGCUCAUAUUGAAAGCAUGGCCGCAAGUAAUAGCAGUGAGUGUUGUUUUGCUGAUGUCACCUCUACUGAACUUGCCCCCUAUAUGGAGCAGAUUGAGAUAGAGGAGGCUCGGAGCUUAGCGGCAGAGAUUGUACACCAACACUUAUCAGACAGUGCUAAAUCUGAAUCACAUCUGCAGAUAGGUGGGGAAAAUCUCAUUGCUGAGCUCAAGAAGCAAGCCAAAGCCCUCCAUAGUCUCUCUCAGGAGAUUGAGAGGAUCUGUGAGGACAGAGAAACCAGGUCUCUCUCUGGACUUGCAAAAGCCAUUCAGACAAGUUCAUGGCACGGUGACUCUAGAAUUCUAACCUGCAGCUCAGUUUGCAUGCAAGAGGCAUUGAUGCAGGCACAGGUUGCGUAUGUUGCUUGCAGGUUGAAAGCUGGUCACACAAGGGAACUGUCUCUUUGCCAAGAGACUAGCCGCAACAUGGCGGCACUGGUCCAGGAACACGCUGAGAGUGUUGCGGCCAUUCAAAGGCACUACCAGAGCUGUUUGGAGAAAGAACAUCUCAGCUUCACUGGGACUAUCAGCUCCUUGCAGGAGGAGAAUGACAUGCUACGAGGGGAACUAUCUUAUAAGCUGAGGGAGCUUAUGGAGCAACGGCAGAACCUAACCCAGUUGGAAGAGGCGUUUCAUAGGGAUAAAGAGGAGCUGAAGAGCAGGCAUGCAGAUGAGAUGGGCAGAGCAAAGCAAGACCAGAUAGCUCGGGAGAUGGACCUUAUGGAACGUGUUACUACCAGCCAAAGCCGGCUAGAGACCCUGCUGCUAGAAAUGGAAGACGCUGAGCUGAGGCACAAGGAGCACGUCAGAGAACUGGAGCAAGAAUUUCGGGGCAAGGUCCAGCAACUAGAACAAUCAAACAGAGAGGAGCUCCACAAGCUCCAAGAAUGCUACAGUCGGACCAUCUGCUCAGUGGAGGAGAGGAGCAAGAGAGUGGAGAAAAAAGAGGAGGCUGGUGCCACGUUAAACACAGUAUGUCUUAUGGAGGAGGGAGAUGGAUCUGGUCAGGCCGUGUGCAGGGAUUUGGAGUCCCUGCUGAGAGUCCAGGAGCUGGAGAUGCAGUUGAGCAGAAUGAGAGAGGAGCUGCAACAGAAACCAUUGGAUGGAGAUCUCACCAGCCUGAAGGAGAAGUACCAACGAGACCUGGACAGCCUCAAGGCAACAUGCGAGCGUGGAUUUGCAGCAAUGGAGGAAACUCAUCAGAAGGUGAUCGAAGACAUUCAGAGGCAGCACCAGCGAGAGAUCCGGAAACUUCUAGAGGAGAAAGAAAGACUGCUGGAGGAGGAAACUAAUGCCACUAUUGCUGCAAUUGAAGCCAUGAAAAACGCUCAUCGAGAGGAACUGGGGAAAACGCAGCGCACGCAGAUGAGUGGUGUGAGCGCAGACAUCCUAGAACUGCGCAGACAGUAUGAAGAGGAGCUGCAGUCUAUCUAUCGUGAGCUGGAGGUAUUAUCUGAGCAGUAUUCCCAAAAGUGUUUAGAGAAUGCACAUCUGGCUCAAGCGCUGGAGGCAGAGAGACAAGCUUUGGGGCAAUGCCAGAGAGAGAACCACAAACUACACACACACAACCAGGAUUUAAAUCAUCGUCUGAAUGAGGAAAUCACUCGAAUGCACUCCUGCGUCAGUGGAAACAAAGCAACUUCCUCUCUUACUCAGGGCAAAGACAUCUAUGAACUGGAGGUUUUGUUGCGUGUAAAGGAGUCAGAGAUACAGUACCUGAAACAGGAAAUAAAUUCUCUCAAAGAUGAGCUACAGUCAGCACUUCGGGAUAAGAAGUAUACAUCAGAUAAAUACAAAGACAUUUACACGGAGCUGAGUAUCGUGAAAGCUAAAGCUGAUUGUGACAUCAAAAAGCUGAGAGAGAAACUAUUGGCUGCUACUGAAGCGCUCGGUGAAUUAGACACUGAGGGAGGAGCCGUUACCACUGGAUACGAUAUCAUGAAGUCGAAGAGUAACCCUGAUUUCCUGAAGAAAGAAAGGUCCAGACAGUUACGCGAGGUCAGGUCAAAGAGUUUGAAAGAGGGAUUGACAGUCCAGGAGCGGAUGAAAUUGUUUGAAACAAAAGGCUCCAGAAAGACAUAAUGUCUCUCAUGCAUCCUUUCUUUCUUUCUUUCUUUCUUUCUUUCCUAUUUGUAUUUUACAUUUCUUAAUUUCUUGAUUAAGGUCUUCUUGCUUGGUAGAUAAAAGCAGGGUAAAGAUUUUCUUUUUUCUUUUUUGUGUUUUAAUGUUGAUUUGUGUGAAUUAAAUGAAUACAGUGUUUCGAUAUUUACAGAGACCUUCACUUUUUUCCAAACUUCAACUCUAAUGAACCACAUAUUGUGAUGAUUUCUUUUGGUCUCUAUAAACAUAUACGAUUGCAAAAGUGCUCAAGUUAAUGUCUUUCAUCACCAGUAUAUAUUGACACUUAAACUCAGUAUUUAACACUGCUUAUAAAGAACGCUAUAAGUGUGUGUAUUUCUCUUGGAAAGUCUUCUAAAAUGACAUUUCUUUUUUUUGGUGACAUUUGUAUGAUUAUUCUGAAAGAUGAUUGUCAAAAGAGUGAUGUUAUUUUGCCAAUGAUACUGUAAAUAUAAGUUGUGUUUGUGCAAGUGAUGAUGCUUUUUCAAACUUUAUAGUACUGUAACUUUAUGAAGAUGAAAUGAUUUGGUUUAUAUACGCUGGGUAAUUUGAGAAAACUGUGUGUGUGUUUUGUAGUGUAUAUUUGACUGUCAAAAUGUUUUUGGGUGGUUUGUCGAAUGUGCCGAAAUCAUUUACUUGAGGGGAAUCGAAUUGCUGUAUUAAUUGCUUUUGUGUUGCUUUCAUGUACAAAAUAUAGAGCAACCAAUCUUGAUGUCUACUGUCAGUCUUGCAGCAUAAAACGUUUGGCUACUGAUAGUGAGCUUAGUUUUGUCCUGUAAUUCGAUUUGAACACAAAGGAAUUUUUAAGCUGUGGAAUUGUUUUGUUAUUCCAGCAUUUGUGUUUUUUUAUACUGGCCUUUGCAUGAAUAUGAAGCACUUUGACAAGUCACAAUGGUAUAUUUCUGUGCUCUGAUUUUGAAACAUGAUUCCAUAUUCCUUCUGUUCCAGAAUUCAGAACAUUUUGAACACACAACAGAGAAAACUCACUGUAUAUUAUUCAAUACAUGCUUUGUAAAUAUUUGGUUUUUGAGAAAAUUUCUUUAUCCUGUUCUCAUUCUACAUAGAGAAAAAAAUCUUUAUAUCUUUCUAUAUACAGUAUGUCUAAUCUAAAUUACCUAUCUGUAUGAAUAUUUUUAUUUGUGUGUGUGCAUGUGUGUGUGUGCGUGUGUGUGUGUGUGAACUGCAAUAAAAAAAAUGUAAUCUGUUCUGCUUGAUAAA